UUUUCCUUCUUUCCUAGUUUCCUCCUUCCCUCGACUAAGGCGGGUUAGUUCAUUUCUGCACUUCCUAAGCUCACUUCCUCUAAACCCUAAUUAAACCCGCUACGCUCUCUAAACCUAAAGAUUCUACUCGCAGAAAAUGGGUAGCCUCAUGUUGAGAAAAUCUUCUUCUUCGCUGGUCUCGAAAAGAUUUUCCGUCACCGCUAUAUCACAUCUCUUUCACUCGUCUUCGUCGGCCUCCGAUAGGCUGGUGGCAUCGAAUACAUCCCAAUUUCAAGCGUUUGCCAUACUUCGUAGCUUUCCAAGCAUCGGGAGAUCGUCUGCGGCAACGCCGUCAAUUGGUCAGGUUGUAAGGGGUUUCCACGUUUCUCAGCCGUUGGCAGCCGAUUACGCUAUUGCGGAUUUGCCUGACGAUGAAGAAGGGCUUGAUAUAGCCAAUCUAGGUAUUUCUCCUGAUAUCGUAUCUGCCUUGGCUCAGAAGGGAAUCAGGAAGCUCUUCCCAAUUCAGAGAGCCGUGCUAGAACCAGCAAUGCGAGGCUCUGACAUGAUAGGGCGAGCUAGAACAGGAACAGGGAAAACUUUAGCUUUUGGAAUUCCCAUCAUGGAUAAGAUAAUUCGUUUCAAUGCAAAACAUGGGAAGGGAAGAAACCCUUUAGCAAUGAUUUUGGCUCCCACAAGAGAACUUGCUAAACAAGUGGACAAAGAAUUCUACGAGUCUGCCCCUAAUUUGGAUACAUUAUGCGUUUAUGGCGGUGUCCCUAUUGGAAGUCAAAUGGGUCAGCUGGAGAGAGGUGUUGAUGUGGUGGUUGGCACACCAGGUCGGGUUAUUGAUCUCAUCAAAAGGGGUGCUCUGGAUUUAACAGAAAUUCAGUUUGUCGUUCUGGAUGAAGCUGAUCAGAUGCUUAAUGUUGGUUUUGCCGAGGAUGUUGAAACAAUUCUAGAAAAAGUUCCAAGGAAGCGUCAAACAAUGAUGUUUUCUGCCACAAUGCCAAAUUGGAUUCUUAAACUUACUCAGAAGUUCUUAAAAAGUCCAGUUCACAUUGAUCUUGUUGGAGAUUCAGAUCAGAAAUUAGCUGAUGGAAUUUCUCUGUAUUCAAUUGCUUGUGAUAUGCACCAGAAACCAUCAAUAAUUGGACCUCUUAUAACCGAGCAUGCAAAAGGAGGGAAAUGCAUAGUCUUUACUCAAACAAAACGUGAUGCUGAUAGGUUAGCGUAUGCCAUGCAAAGAAGCUACAAAUGUGAAGCAUUGCAUGGAGACAUCUCACAGAAUCAGAGGGAGAGAACACUAUCAGGUUUCAGACAAGGUCAUUUCAACAUAUUGGUGGCCACUGAUGUUGCUGCUCGAGGUCUUGAUGUUCCUAAUGUUGAUUUGGUAGUGCAUUAUGAACUCCCAAACUCUUCAGAGAUAUUUGUUCAUCGAUCUGGCCGUACAGGACGUGCUGGUAAGAAAGGUACUGCAAUUCUCAUGUAUUCAGCACAGCAGUCAAGAGAUGUGAAAGGCAUUGAACGUGAUGUAGGAUCCAGAUUCAUUGAGCUCCCAAGAAUGGAAGUAGAGGCUGGAACAGAAAACAUGUUCAGCGAUAUGCGUCAAAUUGGCAGCCGUGGUGGUUAUGAGAGCUCUGGCAGUGGUCGCUUUGGUGGUGGUUUUGGUGGAGGGCGGUCAGGUGGUGGCUUUGGUGGAGGCCGACCAGGUGGUGGUUUUGGUGGAGGUCGAUCAGGAGGGGGGUACGGUGGAGGUCGACCAGGAGGGGGGCAGAGUGGUUCAAGUCGCUAUGGUGGAUUUGGGAACUAUGGCGGCUCUGAUCGUGGUGGCAGUUUUGGAGGGCCUAAUAGUUCAAACCGGUCUGGUGGUUUUGGAGAAUUUGGUUCAGGUCGGCCCAGUGGAUUUGGUAAUUUUGGUGAUGGCAACAGCAAAAAUUCUGGAAGGAAACUUUUCUAAAUCUAUUCAGUGGGUCUAGAGUUCCACCGAGUAAAGGUAGGCUGAUUAUCAUGAAUGAAUGAUAUAAACACAAUGUGUAUGUCAAUGCUCUGGGCGCUACCUUUGGACAGGUGCGCGACAAAUGCUUGCUGAAAAACAUGCCAGGGCGUCAUGUUUAUUUCUUCAAGGGAGGUUAACAAGCAACGACUCAUCUUUUCAUAUGAAGGAAGACUACAAGAAGUGCCCAUAACUGGUUUAGAUACUGUAUUACUGUGUGUAAUAUUAAAACAUUUCCCAUAAUCCCAUGGAAAAAUAUCUCUGUUUGUUCAUAAUAACUAAUAAGUAUGUUAUUUGUAGGAUUUUAGGCAAUUAGGGACAAAUAAGCUGGUAGAACAUGGAAAUGCAGCCGCCCAUGCAUUUUCUGCUUUUAAGUUUUGUUGCCGAGUUUGACUAGCACUAUCAGUCGGUAAUUCAUGUAAGCAACGCUGUAGUCGUCUGGUUUUAGUCCCAAGUGAUGUAUGUAUAUUUUGGUAAUUAACAAUCCGAACAAAUUUGUUUAUACUCUCAAAUCUCAAUUGCCAUUUGUGACGUGUGAA